CCUGGACAGAGAUCACUGGACAAUGUCUCUUCUAAAUUAUUCCGAAGAAAGAAAGGAAUGGAAAUAUUCAAUAGAAGAGCUGUAUCUGCGGAUAGGUAUUCUGAGAAUGAUAACAUUGAAGUCCCAGUUGGCAACUCAUCAUCUUUAGGAGAACUUGAUGUGUCAGAAUCUCCUUCUUCUCGCUCCCCUGCCACCCGUUCCCCCUCCAUCCGCUCCCCUUCCAUCCGCUCCCCAGGCUUGCGCUCCCCUUCAUCCCGCUCCCCUGGUCUCUCCUCCCCUUCAAACCGCUCCCCAACAAUACGCUCCCCCUCAAAACGCUCCCCAACCAAUCGCUCUCCGUCAUCUCGAUUAUCCAGCACUCCUCGUUCUCCUUCCUUGUCAUCGCGCCCUCAUCCAUUCCGUCGUCAGGCGCGUAUGGACGCCGGGGAUGGAGAUGAUGCGCGAGCACGAGCGCGUACCGACUUGGUAGAAUCUGAGCAUGAUACCUGGAUUCGAGGGAGGUCGGAGGCUAACCCUGACUCUGUAUUGGAGGCUGAAGGGAGGAUAAAACCUCCGUCAUCUCUGGAUAUUAACCAGGAUUACAAAGAUCCUUUCCCGGUUGAUAUCCGUGAAUAUUACCAUAUCCCUGGUCCUGCCCCAGAUAUACCAAAAUUCCCUCAUGGUUUAUGUGUUCCCUUACCCAGGCAACAAUCUAUCCCCUACUCCUAUCUAAACCCCUGUCCCAGGAGGGGGCAUCUAGACAGGGCUCACACCGCCCCUCCUGCCCCUGAUAGAGGAGAGGAGGGGUACCCUGCCUCCCCGCCACCUCCUUAUGAAGAAAUUGUGAAGUUUCCCCAACCUCCUCCAACAUAUGAUGAGGCUACUAUCAACUCAGCUCAACGAAGACGACAAGGGUAG